GGAGUCGUGAUUCCCUUUCUAUGGAAACCUGUCAGUAGACUUUGUCUCUUGAAUUAAGGGUUCUGUACUCCGAGAUGAGUAGGAAGAGCUGGAAGCUUACUAAGGCUUCGCCCUCACCUAGACUUAUUCCUGAGUGGAAGAAUUUGAAAUCCGCCAUCCAUGAUAUCUUGAAGGGCAGUGAGGCUUAUGAAGAAGUCAAGAAAAGUGUGUCUGUCCUGAGUGACAUGCCCCAGAUUCUACACCACGAGUCGUAUCAUUUACAGAAAAUGCCUUUUGUGAGCUUCUACUCGCUGGACACCAACUAUGUUGUCGCCUUUAACUGGUUGGAACACCACGAGAAACAGACACACGCAGUACUGUGGACGGAGGGAAAAGGUAUAAAAGAGAAAAGGAAGGUCACGAAGAUGAAAUAUCCCAUGAUGGAUAACGUUCCGCCCAUCACGGCGAUGGUCCAUGUGGCAUCCUACUGCCUGUUAAUAGCUUAUUGUGACGAUAUGCGCCUGAGGCUCUUUGGAGACCAUCACCAGGAGUUCAUAGCUCUGAGUACAGUUCCCUGUCAUUUCUUCAUCAGUUGUCUUUGCUAUGACUCAGAAACUGAGGUGCUCUCUUCUGGAACUUUGGGAGCUGUGGUUACCUGGCUCAUUGUAGCGAAUGGCAAAGGCCUCCAGAUGGCUCACAGAGUGGCCCUGAGUGGCCAUGAGCUGGUACAGGACUUGUACAUGAGCAUGAGCAUGGGCUCCCUGGUAGCUUUGUGUGAGAGUGUAGUGAGAGUUUUUACCCACAAUGCUCAAGGCCAGCUUAAAGAAGUGAAGACAUUCACUCUCCUAUCCAGUGGCUUCUCCCUUACCUGCUCCUGUGGCUGUGUGCCACAGAACACCUUCUAUGCUGGAAACAAGAAUGGAGAGGUCUAUGCUUGGAAUUUAGAUGACAGUAAGUUUCUCAAUAGUUUCAUGGCCCACCCCUCAUCCGUGAUAUCCAUCUACAGUCGGCCUGAGACCUACACCCUGUUCACAGCAGGCAGCGAUGGUAUGUUGAAGGAGUGGAACCUCGCCUCUGGGAACUUGUUGAGGCAGCUUACUGUUGGCACAGAUCUGCAGCAGCUGCAGUUUAUUGACAGCAGCACGUUUUUCUGCCAGAACACGUCUAGUUUCUCCUUGUACUUACUGCCCCACUUUUACAAUCUCUUCAACAUCUGUGGCUCUGCCCCCCAGAAGAUACAACGGGUCUUUUGUGGCCAUAACUGUACUCGUAUCCUGUGUGCCACAGAGGACAGUUUACUGCGCUUCCUGUCUCCAGUGACCGGGGACCUCCUCAUCGUCACCUGGCCCCUGCUGGCCAUGGAUCAGGCUGUGGCUUGGGCCUAUCACUCAGAGAGAGAGGAGCUCUUUGUGGCAAUCGGCAGCUCGGAGCUGCUAGUGUUUGAUGCCACACGUUCCCCAUGCCCAGCCAAAUAUCUCUUGUGCACUUCGGAAAACUACAAAGACAAAAUAAAAUGCCUGGCUUAUGGGGUGUCUCAUUUGGUCGGCAGUAAAAAGGGGCUGAUGUUCUGUGGGUACGAGAGCGGCAUUGUGAGAAUCCUAUCCCAGGAUUGUUCUAGAAGGACAGAGAAGACCAUUCACUCUGGGGCAGUGUUGGCAUUGUGUACACCAGAGGAUUCUGAAGAGAGUUCCUUGGUGUGUACCUAUGGUAAGGACAACUACAUACACCUCACAAAGGUGGUGCAUUCAGAGAAGAGAAUGGACCUGCAGCCCAUGACUGCAAUUGUCUGUGUGUGUCCCUUAAAACAUGUGGUACUCCUGCCAGGUUCUGUGGGUGCCAUAACUGAACACUCCUGCUGGUUUCUCUGGCACUAUCAAGAUUCUACAAAGGCAGCACCAUCGUCUAAUGCCAUGGUGAGACACACGAACACCCUGCAUGAAUGUGCUGUCACUUCAUUUGACGUCUGCCUCUCUCUGAAACUCUUUGUCACAGGAGCCACGGAUGGAUCAGUCAGGGUCUGGGACUUCCGUGGGAAACUCAUAACUCAUUUUGAAUCUGAACUGCAUUUUAGUUCACCCUGCUUCGCCAAUAGUCGAGGUGACCUGCUCUUGACUUUUGACCAAAGCAUCUACAUAGUGUCCUGCCUAAACCUGCUCCCCUUCAGUUACCUGAUAAACCUAAACACUUUGACCUUCGAAGAAGAUACGAUAGAGACCCCAAGGCCCUUCCUUCCCAGCUUCUUCUUUCUGUUUGAAUUGAUAUUUGUACCCAAAUUCAUAUACAUGGAACAAAAUGUUCAAGAGCUCCAGGGGCUAGAGACUCUUAUUAACAAACGGGCCAUUGCUUUUGAUGACAUUGUGCCUCAUGUUGUAGAGGAGGGCAGACAUACAUCCACCACAAUGCAAGAGAGAACUAGAUUGUACUUUGAGCAGGAAAAAUUUGUUGAUUUCUCCAUUUCUGACUCCAAGAUAAAGUACUCCGAUGCUGUCCCUGCUCAGUUAAAGGUACCUGCCUGGGACGGGCUGAACCCCUACCGGUUACUUAAAGACUUCUUUGGCAAAGGGCAGAAAUGGCCCUUCGCUCCAGAUUGCUACAUUCCUAACUCAGUGAUCCGUGCUCGCCUUUGGCCUGAUGGUACCCCGGUCUUCCUGCGCUAUGAUCUGUGUUUAUCCUAUGAAGAGAUGGCUGAGGAGGUUCCUGAACCAUUGAGACUCCACUCAGUGCCAUCCCUGAGUCCAGACGAUAUGGAAAUUCGAACUAGUAAACUGAAGGAUGUAUACCAGGAGCAGAAAAGAGAAUCCUAUGGCAUUCUUGAAAGGAUGUCCGAUAAAAGCUGGAUGGGAAAGAGAUUUAGUGAUGGAAUUAUAGAAAGUAUGGUAGAGACCAUUCUCAGCCUCACAGUUUUCUGUUCUACGGAAAAAUACAAGAAAUACUUCAAUGCUCUGGCAGAGAUCUUUAUCACUCACCAAGUCCCUUCAAGGAUUCGUAUUGAGACAGCCUGUCGCCUGCUCAAAGAUAUAACUCACUACAACGCCAGUAUCCGGGAGCUGGCCUGGGAAAUGCUAGAAAGGCUAGGCUUCAUAAGCCAGGUUUUUACUGUUCCCCUGAUCAUGGGGUUGAUGGACAGCGAGAAGGCUGUGCGGGCCAAGGUCGUACAACUUUUGUCCAAAUACACAGGCAUCCAAAGCAAGGCUAUGCUGUUACACCAGCUAAGACAACCGCACGUCUACCAUCAGUUGCACGAAGAAGUGGCAGAUGAUUUUUCUCUAAGUGACAUACUGAAGGUUCAGGCACAUGACUUGCAGGACUUGCAUGGCUGUAUAAAGGAGCGGCUAAAUGAAGACCUGAGCUUGUCAAACAGAGCUGGCUCCCUUCGCUUUUCUAUUGAUUUGGAGAAGGACCUGGAGAUGGCUGUCAAAGAAUCACUUAUGUCUGUGCCAGGCUCUAAAAUGGUUGAUGGGCUGAAGAAAAGAAGGAAACACAUUCAGAACAAGACCAGGAAGAUUGUUAGAAGAACCCUGAAGAUAUCCAAGAGAAGCAAAAAGACAGACUUGCAAAAGGAGAUUUUAGAGAUUGCAGCGGAACCAAGAAAGGGCAGGAGAAUUGUGCAAGUUGACACCAAGGAUGGUUCCCUAAUGCCAGAGCUGCCUCUUGGCUCUGACAAAAUCCAGGAAGAAACCCAGGAAGCAACAGAAGUCAAAGAGGAAUUAGUAGACAAAGGAGCCUUGGGAGUCAAAGGAACCUUGGCAGCCAAAAGAGCCUUGGGAGCCAAAGAGGCCCUGGGAGCUGAAGAGAUCUUGGGAGCUGAAGAGAUCUUGGGAACCAAAGAGGCCUUGGAAGAAGAGGCCUUGGCAACCCUGGGAGCCACAGACAAGGAUGUGGCCCUUAAGCCAAAAACCCAGACUUACUUAAAGAAGCCUUGGAAAACGGAAAAAGAAAACAUAGAACAAGAGGAGUCAAAAGAGGGUACUUCAGAAGCACUUAGAAAACUCCAAAAGAAAUUACCACCUCCUACUGAGCUAGACAAAGACAUGGGGAUUAAAAAAAGUCGUGGAAUAGGAGGGACUCCCGGGCGUAUGAUCUCUCACCAAGAGAGGAAGUCUUGGCGAGAGGAUAUUUGCCACCUUGUCACUUCAAGAAUAGCAACUUCUCAUCCAGGGAUGGAAAGGGAUCUGGGGAAAGAACUGGAGGACUUCGCCGAUAUGGUGCUUACUGACCAACCCAGCUGGGAUUUCUUCACAGACCUAUGUCCCUGGAGAAGGCUCUCAUAUACACAACCAAAAGAACCUGAGGCAGCCAAGCAGGAACGACCUGUUCGUAAAAGAAAGGUGCCUAAAAGAGCUAUCAAGGGGGAAGUGACAACAGCUGCAGAUCAAGAGGGAAUAAGCAUUCAGAAGAAACGUGAUAUUUCUCCAAAAGACAAGACAAAGAAGACAGAUAUCUUAGACAGUCACGAGAUCUUAGAGAAAAAGAAGCCUAAAGUGACAGCAAGAAAACAAGGCAAAAGAAAACAGGAAAUAAUUGAAGACAAAAAGGAGUUGACAAAGCUCGAAGACAAAAAGAGAUUGAUGAAGUUCACUGAAACAAAGGAGAAGGGGAAGUUAGUCAUAGAGGAAAAGCAACCAACCAGUCCAGAGAAGGAACCAGAGAAGGAGAAGUUAAUCACAAAGAAAGAGAGAACAGUGCAACCAGAGCAAAAAACAAAGGAGAAGGGAAAGUUAAAGUUAAUCACAGAGGAAGAGAAGUCAAUCCGUCCAGAGAAGGAACCAGAGGAGGAGCCAGAGGAGGAACCAGAGGAGGAACCAGAGGAGGAGCCAGAGGAGGAACCAGAGGAGGAAUCAGAGGAGGAACCAGAGGAGGAGCCAGAGGAGGAACCAGAGGAGGAACCAGAGGAGGAACCAGAGGAAGAACCAGAGGGGGAAACAAAGGAGGAGAAGAAGAAGUUAAUCACAGCAAAAAUGAAACCAACCCAUCCAGAGGAGGAAACAAAGAAGGGGAAGAAGAAAUUAAUCCCAUCAGAAAGGAAACCAACCCACCCAGAGAUGGAAACAAAGGAGAAGUUAAUCACUCCAGAAGAGGAAUCAGCUAGUUUAGAGGGGGAACCAGAGAAGGAGACAAGGAAGUUAAUCACAGCAAAAAUGAAACCAACCCGUCCAGAGGAGGAAACAAAGAAGGAGAAGGGGAAGUUAAUCCCAUCAGAAAGGAAACCAACCCACCCAGAGGAGGAAACAAAGAAGGAGAAGGGGAAAUUAAUCCCAUCAGAAAGGAAACCAACCCACCCAGAGGAGGAAACAAAGGAGAAGAAGGGGAAGUUAAUCCCAUCGGAAGAGAAACCAGCCACUUUAGGGGAGGAUCCAGAGAAGGAGAAGAGGAAGUUAAUCCCAUCGGAAGAGAAACCAGCCACUUUAGGGGAGGAUCCAGAGAAGGAGAAGAGGAAGUUAAUCCCAUCGGAAGAGAAACCAGCCACUUUAGGGGAGGAUCCAGAGAAGGAGAAGAGGAAGUUAAUCCCAUCGGAAGAGAAACCAGCCACUUUAGGGGAGGAUCCAGAGAAGGAGAAGAGGAAGUUAAUCCCAUCGGAAGAGAAACCAGCCACUUUAGGGGAGGAUCCAGAGAAGGAGAAGAGGAAGUUAAUUACAGCAAAAAUGAAACCAACCCAUCUAGAGGAGGAAACAAAGAAGGAGAAGGAUAUCACUUAA